CCCGUGCUCGGCCGUUUUUUUUGUUUAUUUUGUGAGGACGAUGACACCCAUUGCUUACUCAUCAAGCGCCAUGACACAACAGCCGACUGCUUACUCACCAAUCACUCAAGGUAGAAGGGUCGCUCGAUUUUCUUCUCACAAUUCCUUUUCGCAGCAACGACCAACCUAAUCUCUUGAUAACAAAGUAGGAAACAUGUCCGCAAAAGUCGCAAUUGCCUGUCUUGCCCUUGUCAUCGCCGUGGCAAACCCUAUUCUGGUCGAGGGUCUAGUAUCCAUACAAGAACGACCGUCAUCGACCAGGCGCAUUUGGCUGACCACACAGGUACCAUCCCUGAUGGCUGCGGCUGCGGCGGCGACUAUUGUUCUUCCAGACUCUGCCACGGCGGCAUCGGCUCCAGCACCCGAUCUCAAGUUUAUCGAAACAGCCUCUGGAUUGUCCUACGCGGAUGCCAAAGUCGGCACGGGUCAACCCGUUACCGACAAGGGGUCAUCGGUUACCAUUGAUUAUGUCAUGUCCACCACCGGCGCUCGUUAUGGCUCGAAAAUCUACAGUACGAAAGAUACGGAUGCUCCGUAUCGAUUUCGAUUGGGAGAUGGCACCACCAUUCAGGGCAUUGAAUUGGCCAUUGCGGGUGGCAAUGGCAUUGAACCCAUGCGACCGGGCGGCAUUCGGAGGGUGGUGAUUCCAGCCUCAUUGGGAUAUCAAAGCUUGGCGGAGCCGCUGUCGGGAUUGCAAUACGAAAAUUGUCAGCAAGGCAAGGGCGUGGGACCCAUUCCACCAACCGACCAAGGCACAACCGCCGAAUACUUUCAACGGUUCAAGAAUAUUUAUUGCAAUGCCAAUAGACCGUACCAACCUGAUCUGGUCAUGGAUAUCAAGUUGUACGGAAAGAGGUAGCGGGGACAACCUGAGUGAGAUUUUGAAUUUGCUCCUUACAAAUAUUUGAAUCCAAGAAAACUAUGCUAGGAAGAAAUGGUUCCAAUACAGUGGAGGAGAUUCUAAAUUAGUUAGUCUACCAAUAGCGUCGU